UGACGUCACACUCUAGCGCCGGUGACGCGCCGGCCGCUCCCCCUUCGUCUGCGUUUGCUUUGGGACGCCCGCUUGCGGAGUCCUUACCCUGGCGUCUCGAGCGGUUGUCCCCAUAACUCGGACUCCAGAGCCGCUGUUGCGAGGCAGGAGCACGUGGCAGCCAGGUAGCUUCCCAGUCCCGAGUGCCGCCUGUCCCCACCCCGCGGUGGCCACUAGCAACAACCUCUGUGAAGUUGGAGAGGCGGUGACGGAGGCAUUCCCCCAGCUGCACCCCGCCGUUUCCAAGGGGCUCGGAAACCAGUUUGUUUGUUUCGUCGGGGUGGUGUCGACCUGUCCUACGGGCGUGGCUCGAGGCAGGACGGAGUCAAACUCGUGGUGUCAGCUGAAGACGAGUGUCAGGUGUGGAGAGUCUCAGUGCCCCCUUUCAGUCUGGACUGUGAGCUGCUGCUGGUUAGAAAGACUUGGUUUCUCUUUCAGGAUGGUACCUCUGCUGUAUUAAGCCCCAUAGGAAGACUGCCACACCUAGACUGAUGCUUAUUAGUCAUCACCGUUAUCCCUACUAACGUCCUGUGUCACUGAGUUUUCUAAAUGUCUAGCGUAUCUGUAAAGAUGCCUUAGAAAAAGAGUCAUGGAGAAGUAUGUUAGACUACAGAAGAUUGGAGAAGGUUCAUUUGGAAAAGCCAUUCUUGUUAAAUCUACAGAAGAUGGCAGACAGUAUGUUAUCAAGGAAAUUAACAUCUCAAGAAUGUCCAGUAAAGAAAGAGAAGAAUCAAGGAGAGAAGUUGCAGUAUUGGCAAAUAUGAAGCACCCAAAUAUUGUCCAAUAUAGAGAAUCAUUUGAAGAAAAUGGCUCUCUCUACAUAGUGAUGGAUUACUGUGAGGGAGGGGAUCUGUUUAAGCGAAUAAAUGCUCAGAAAGGUGUUUUGUUUCAAGAGGAUCAGAUUUUGGACUGGUUUGUACAGAUAUGUUUGGCCCUGAAACAUGUACAUGAUAGAAAAAUUCUUCAUCGAGACAUAAAAUCACAGAACAUAUUUUUAACUAAAGAUGGAACCGUACAACUUGGAGAUUUUGGAAUUGCUAGAGUUCUUAAUAGUACUGUAGAGCUGGCUCGAACUUGCAUAGGGACCCCAUACUACUUGUCACCUGAAAUCUGUGAAAACAAACCUUACAACAAUAAAAGUGACAUUUGGGCUCUGGGGUGUGUCCUUUAUGAGCUGUGUACACUUAAACAUGCUUUUGAAGCUGGCAGUAUGAAAAACCUGGUUCUGAAGAUAAUAUCUGGAUCUUUUCCACCUGUGUCUUUGCAUUAUUCCUAUGAUCUCCGCAGUUUGGUGUCUCAAUUAUUUAAAAGAAAUCCUAGGGAUAGACCAUCAGUCAACUCCAUAUUGGAGAAAGGUUUUAUAGCCAAACGCAUUGAAAAGUUUCUGUCACCUCAGCUUAUUGCAGAAGAAUUCUGUCUGAAAACAUUUUCAAAGUUUGGAUCACAGCCUAUACCAGCUAAAAGACCAGCUUCAGGACAAAACUCCAUUUCUGUUAUGCCUGCUCAGAAAAUUACAAAGCCUGCUGCUAAAUAUGGAAUACCUUUAGCAUACAAGAAAUAUGGAGAUAAAAAAUUACACGAAAAGAAACCACUGCAAAAACAUAAACAGGCCCAUCAAACUCCAGAGAAGAGAGUGAAUACUGGAGAAGAAAGGAGGAAAAUGUCUGAGGAAGCAGCAAGAAAGAGAAGGCUGGAUUGUAUUGAAAAAGAAAAGAAACAAAAAGAUCAGAUUAUUAGUUUAAUGAAGGCUGAACAAAUGAAAAGGCAAGAAAAGGAAAAGUUGGAGAGAAUAAAUAGGGCCAGGGAACAAGGAUGGAGAAAUGUACUAAGUGCUGGUGGAAGUGGUGAAGUCAAGGCUCCUUUUUUUGGCAGUGGAGGGACUAUAGCCCCAUCAACUUUUUCUUCUCGAGGACAGUAUGAACAUUACCAUGCCAUUUUUGAUCAAAUGCAGCAACAAAGAGCAGAAGAUAAUGAAGCUAAAUGGAAAAGAGAAAUAUAUGCUCGAGCUCUUCCCGAAAGAGGAAUUCUGCCUGGAGUUCGUCCAGGAUUUCCUUAUGGGGCUGCAGGUCAUCACCAUUUCCCUGAUGCUGAUAUUAGAAAAACUUUGAAAAGAUUGAAGGCGGUGUCUAAACAAGCCAAUGCAAACAGGCAAAAAGGGCAGCUAGCUGCAGAAAGAGCUAAACAAGUAGAAGAGUUCCUGCAGCGAAAACGAGAAGCUAUGCAGAAUAAAGCUCGAGCCGAAGGACAUAUGGGAAUCCUGCAAAACCUGGCAGCUAUAUAUGGAGGCAGGCCCAGCUCUUCAAGAGGAGGGAAGCCAAGAAACAAAGAGGAAGAGGUUUAUCUGGCACGACUGAGGCAAAUAAGACUACAGAAUUUCAAUGAGCGCCAGCAGAUUAAAGCCAAACUUCGUGGUGAAAAGAAAGAAGCCAAUCGUUGUGAAGGACAAGAAGGAAAUGGAGAGGCUGACAUGAGGCGCAAAAAAAUCGAAUCACUGAAGGCCCAUGCAAAUGCACGUGCUGCUGUACUAAAAGAACAACUAGAGCGAAAGAGAAAGGAAGCUUAUGAGAGAGAAAAGAAAGUGUGGGAAGAGCAUUUGGUGGCUAAAGGAGUAAAGGGUUCUGAUGUUUCUCCACCUUUGGGACAACAUGAAACAGGUGGCUCUCCAUCAAAGCAACAGAUGAGAUCUGUUAUUUCUGUGACUUCAGCUUUGAAAGAAGUUGGCGUGGACAGUAGUUUAACUGAUAUCCGGGAAACUUCAGAAGAAAUGCAAAAGACCAACAAUGCCAUUUCAAAUAAGCGAGAAAUACUUCGCAGAUUAAAUGAAAAUCUUAAAGCUCAAGAAGAUGAAAAAGGAAAGCAGCAUCCCUCUGAUACUUUUGAGAUAAUUGUUCAUGAAGAUGCCAAAGAACAUGAAAAAGAAAAAUCAGUUUUUUGUGAUCGCAAGAAGUGGGAGGCUGGAGGUCAACUUGUGAUGCCUCUGGAUGAGUUAACACUUGAUACAUCCUUCUCUGCAACUGAAAGAAACACAGUGGGAGAAGUUAUUAAAUUAGAUCCUAGUGGAUCUCCAAGAAGAGCCUGGGGGAGAAGUCCGACAGAUUCUGUUCUAAAGAUACUUGGAGAAGCUGAACUACAACUUCAGACAGAACUUUUGGAAAACACAACUAUUAGAAGUGAGAUUUCUCCUGAAGGGGAAAAGUACAAACCCUUAAUUACUGAAGAAAAAAAAAUACAGUGUAUUUCACAUGAAAUAAACACAUCGGCUAUUGUUGACUCUCCUGUUGAGACAAAAAGUCCAAAGUUUAGUCAGGCAUCUCCACAGAUGUCAUUGAAACUGGAAGGAAAUUUAGAAGAACCUGAUGAUUUGGAAACAGAAAUUCUACAAGAGCCAAGUGGAACAAACAAAGAUGAGAGCUUGCCAUGCACUAUUACUGAUGUGUGGAUUAGCGAGGAAAACGAAACAAAGGAAACUCAGUUGGAAGAUAGGAUCACCAUUCAGCAAAAUGAAGUUUCUGAAGAUGGAGUCUCGAGUACUGUGGACCAACUUAGUCACAUUCAUAUAGAAACUGGAACCAAUGAUUCUCAGCACUCUGAAUGUGAUGUAGAUAAGUCUGUGCAACCAGAACCAUUUUUCCAAAAGGUGGUUCACCCUGAACACUUGAACUUGGUCUCUCAAGUUCAGUCAGUUCAGUGUUCACCAGAAGAGUCCUUUCCAUUUCGAUCUCACUCGCAUUUACCACCAAAAAAUACAAACAAGAACUCCUUGCUGAUUGGACUUUCAACUGGUCUGUUUGAUGCAAACAACCCAAAGAUGUUAAGGACAUGUUCACUUCCAGAUCUCUCAAAGCUGUUCAGAACCCUGAUGGACGUUCCCACCAUAGGAGAUGUUCGUCAAGACAAUCUUGAAAUAGAUGAAAUUGAAGAUGAGCAUAUUAAAGAAGGACCUUCUGAUUCUGAAGACAUUGUGUUUGAAGAAACUGACACAGAUUUACAAGAGCUGCAGGCAUCGAUGGAACAGUUACUUAGGGAACAGCCUGGUGAAGAAUACAGUGAAGAAGAAGAGUCAGUCUUAAAGAACAGUUAUGUGGAGCCAGCUGCAAAUGGGACAGAUGUGGCAGAUGAAGAUGACAACCCCAGCAGUGAAAGUGCCCUGAACGAAGAAUGGCACUCAGAUAACAGUGAUGGUGAAACUACUAGUGAAUGUGAAUACGAUAGUGUCUUUAACCAUUUAGAGGAACUGAGACUUCAUCUGGAGCAGGAAAUAGGCUUUGAAAAAUUCUUUGAGGUUUAUGAGAAAAUAAAGGCUAUUCAUGAAGAUGAAGAUGAAAAUAUUGAAAUUUGUUCAAAAAUAGUUCAAAAUAUUUUGGGAAAUGAACAUCAGCAUCUUUAUGCCAAGAUUCUUCAUUUAGUCAUGGCAGAUGGAGCCUACCAAGAAGAUAAUGAUGAAUAAUCCUCAAAAUGUUUUUUAAUCCUCAACUAUAUGAAAGCAUUUGAAUUUGGCUCAUCAGAAUAACAAGCUUCAGUGGGAAAUAGAGCAAUUAUUUGUUUUAAAAAUCAGAUUUAAGAUGGGCGUGCUUACUGCAUGAAAAAGAUGGAGAAACAUGCCAUUUUUCAAUGAAGAUUCUAACAUUUUUUAUCUAUUUUAUUUUGUUCAUUGAAUUAUAUGGUUAAAUCCUGUAAAAUAUAUGCUUUAUUAAAUCAUUGAACCAAAGCAUAGGAAAUGUUGACCCAAAAAACUGACUUAAUGGUUUUGAAGAUUUACUAUGCAACAGGGUAACUUUGACUUUCAGCAAAUGUCUUUAGGUUGAAGGAAUUACCUACAUUAUGAAAGACCUCCCUGUGGUUUUUCAAUGAAGUCUUUAAGCAUGACCUUUUUUCUGUCUAAUACUUGCUUUCAUUUUGCCCAGCAGUUCUACAUUAAAUAACCUUGUCAAGGGCUCUAUUUAAAUGGAUACAUCUUGAAAAUGAAAUUUUUAGCCUUAAAGUUUAUAUUCUCAAGUCCUUUUACAACCAGUGUGUCUCCUGAACUAGCACAUAGGCUGUAAAAACAGUCUUAGAAAUCACUGAAAGAUUUGAUUAUGAAAGAACAGUCAAAUAAAAGUUGGUUUAAUGCCUUUAUUUCUCUUUAAGGCCCAGAACCAGGAAUACUAUAUCUAAAAAUUAGUCUGCAGAUUUAACAUUGACCUAGCAUAUAGCUUGAAGUUGCUCUUUUGGUUUUUAACUUCCUCUUAUACAUAUGCUUCAAGGACAACAUGAUGUUAAAAAGGAGGAAGGAAUUAUUUCUAUUUUGACACUGUGACAGUUUUGGCAACUAGGAUCCUAGGGAGAGAAAUGUUUGUCUCUUGAACUUCUUUCCAUUAUGAGAGGAUUUAGUUAGGUCAUUAGGAUGAUGGUCACAGAGCUUCAAUUGCAAUAUGCCAAGUAUAACAUGGUUUUGUUAGAGGUGUCUACAGUGCAGAUGUUUUUCAUAAUAAAAGCAAAAUUUUGAACCUCUGAGUUCAAAGCAGGCUGGUUGGCAUAAUAUAUAAUUUGGAAAAUAAAAUCUUACCUUGCAGCACCAAUCAGUAUGUUAAAUUUAUUAUGUAUAUUACUUCUAACAUCUGAAACUAAAUACUUGAUUUUUAUAUGUGUUUAUUUUAUGAUAUUGCUAUUAAAUUUUUAUUAUUUACCUGAA